CAGACCUUACAAUCUAUGGGGCUGAGGAUGUAAAGGUCAUCUGUUUCUGUGGCCCAUGGUUAAUGAGGUUGUCAGCACAACAACCACCUGCCUUUACCUUCCCCAUCACAUCAGGUACCUUUAGCUUGGUAGACAUAGUCAUGUGAUCAUGGCACAGCACACAUAUUGUUGGUAAAAAUCUGGUUUCUAUGCACAGUCAACACACGCUUUUAGGCACUUACCAUGGAUAAGUCGAGCAAAGAAAGAUAUAGUCAGGAAAUUACAGAAAUAAAUAAUAUUGAUCCUUACACUUUGAAAGCAAGCCAUCAUAAUAAAGAAAAUGAUUUGCUGCCCUCCUUGUGUUAUCCAGAUCUCUUCACUUAUAAUCUUGUUCUACUGAAAGUGCCUACACAAUCACAAAGGAUGAAUUCAAGGCUUACAAGAGUUUAGCAGCUUACAACCAGUUCCUAGAUGGUUGGGUUCAAGAUAUUAUGGCUUUUAAACCACUAGCAAAGGUUCUUCACUCUCAGUGGUUAGCAGAAAAGGUACUGCAGCCCUGGAUAAGUCGAGAUGGUAUUAUUCUAUCAGCCCACUGUUCUUGUACAGUUGGACUUGGAGAGUCCUGCACUCAUGUGGCAGCCACUUUAUUUAUGCUGGAAGCCAACACCAGACUAAAAGAGAUUAUGCUUCAAUAUGAGGCGAGUGAAGUCACUGGAGAUCAAAUGCCUGACCAGGUCAAUGUAACUUUUAGCACAGAAACAAAAUCUCUAACCAAACUUAAUCUCAGACGCUCGCGGCAUUUUAACCUCGAUAUUCCUUUGUAUAGUUUGGACACCGACCAGGAAGGAAUUUUCCAUAGAAAUAAAGUGAAAACCAGACCCAAAAGGUAA